AUGCGCAUUGGAUGCCCCAUUAAGAUUGUCGUACGUGCUGUGGAUGUUAGCAAUCCUGCCGAGGACGCUCGAGUCACUCAGGUCACCGGCAACGUGCUGCUACUGCUAUAA